GAUAGUCGGGGGCUCGCGAGGACAACGAUCUCGGGUUGUUAAACUGAGAAACAUUUAGUAGGUUCUGAGGGAAAGUUGAACACACCCCUCAAGGAUGGCAAGAUUUUUCGAAGAAGUUUUGGUAAUCUCUAAAGUACUAUAAAUACACAGAUUUUGGGUUCUGGAUAUCAUUCUCAUCUCUCUACACUUCCAAUCAACUUAUCUGCUCAAAGAAUAUGGCAUUCAAGUUUGUGCUUUUGGCGACCCUUCUGGCUGCGGCGAAUGCUGGAGUCAUUGCUCUACACAGCCACGCAUCGUCGCAUCAAUCGAUCCAGCUCCAUCAUGCUGCUCCAGUGCAUCAUGUAGCUGGUGUCCAUGCAGCUCCAGUGCACCAUGUGGCCGCCAUUCAUGCUGCUCCAGUCCAUCACACCCUCGUAAAGGAAGUCGAGCACCACGCUCCAGCUAACUACGAAUUCUCCUAUUCCGUGCAUGAUGAACACACCGGAGAUAUCAAGAGCCAGCACGAGACCCGCCACGGAGAUGAGGUCCAUGGACAAUACAGUCUGAUCGAUUCCGAUGGCCACCACCGCAUUGUGGACUACCAUGCCGAUCAUCACUCCGGAUUCAAUGCUGUUGUCCGUCGUGAGCCAACCAACGUCAAGAUCGCUCAACCAGUGCACAAGGUUAUUGCUCAGCCAGUGCAUAUUGCUACCCACGCUGUGGCUCCAGUUCACCAUGCCACCAUCUCGCACCAUCAUGCUGCUCCAGUUGUUGCUCAUGUUUCGCAUCACCAGCCCAUCGUCCACUCCCACAGCACACACCACGUUGCUCCAGUGGCCCAUGCUACCAUCUCGCAUAUCACACCAGUUACCCACUACAGCCAUAAUGAUGGACAUCAUUCCAGUGGUCACUACAGCCAUUACUAGAGUCAACUUAAGCAACGAUCUAUCUCAUCGAACCUGAUAAAAUAAUUUAGAGAAAUGUUCAUAGAAUAAAAAUACAAAUACUGAUUAUA